AUGGAGGCAUCGCCCCUCACCCAGCAGGCAAGACCCGACCACUUCCAGCCAAAGAUUGUCCAGCUCUACGAGUCCCUCUUUAAGGCCACGGAUGAUGUCGAGCCAACAGAGGGCUUCUGGCGCGAGUUCUUUCUCCUGCCGCCCGAUCGUGGUCAACUGCACGACCUGCUGGAUGGGUUGAGCCCAGACGACGUUUUGAGUCUGCAGGUACAAAGUCAACGACUAUUCAGCCGUGCGAUUCAUGAAGCGGCCUCUGGAAAUGCUCCAGCCGACUCCUAUGCGCUAGAAACCUUGACCAUCUUCUUAACCAGUAUCCUGGGCAAGAAAUAUACGAACCCUAGCUCAGAUGUCAUCACUGUACUCGCAGGGCUUGAUGAGGUCGAUCGUGUCAUCUCGGACUUUGUAGCUAUCUUGGACGGGAUCGUUCGCAAUGGGAAGACCCUCGCAUUGCGGCGCAAAGCUGUCAGAGUGGCGGUUGCUAUAACCAGCGGCGCAUACAAGACCAGUCUUGUAUCUUACUUUACACAUCGCGAUCUAUUCCCAUCGUUGAUGAAGAGGGACUUUGUCAAUGAAGCGAGUAUCCAAAGGAUCGCUAGAGGGGUUGGUCUCGUCUGUGGUGGUCUACGGAAUGGAUACACUGCCGUGCAAGACGAUGUUCCAGAAGGCUGGACGCUGACCAAUACAUUAAUUUUCUUUGGGCUUCGAGCCCUUGCGCCCGGUGCGCGAGAGAAGACAAACCCCCCCAACUGCGGAAGAGGCGAAGGAAAUGUUUGGAGAACUGAAGCUGCUAUUCUGAUGGCCACUUAUGAUUUUACAAACUCGAACAAGCUCUUCGGUUACCACUUGGUCCAUCACAUACCAGAGAAGGUCAAUGAGGAAUCGCCCUUCUCCAGUUUCCUCUCCAUGACCUCUUAUUUCCUACAGCAUGCGUACAGAUCUGUGCGUGUUGCACACUACUCCGAGUUAAGCCUUUUUACUCUACGUAUCCUCGUCGAAGAUCCAACUCUUUGCAAGCAUAUUUGCAGCGAAGAAGGGAAGCGCAAGGUACGGAUUUGUCGUCAGAGACAACCCUAUCUUCCUCAAGUCAAUGGAGACCGGAUUUUGGCAACUGUUAUCUUCGACAUCAUGAUUGACACAAUUACGCACAACCUACGGCGUCGGCUAGAUGUGAACAUAUACAGCCACGCCAUUGCAAUUAUCCUCCGUCUUCUGACAUACCUCUCUAUGAAUAAAAUCCGCCUCACAUAUCACUGGUCUGAGCUCUGGCGCACUCUUCUCUCCCUCAUGCGCUUCUUAACGACGUAUGCCUCGGACCUGUCCUCAAACCCUCAAAUCAACACUUUAACCAGCUCCCUCGCCGAACUCCUCGCCUUCUGCGUCUCUGGCGGCGACACUUUCCUCCCAGACCCAGCCUCCUACGACGACCUCUUCUACAAGCUCGUCGAGACUGGCCCUGUCAUCUCCAAAUAUCGCGAUCUCUACGCCCUUAACCGCUCCCCGGCAGGCCUGUCCGUGGGCUCCUCAGCCCCAGCAUCCAAAACCCCCGAUCAACUCAACCCAGCAAUCGACACCCUCCUCUCCGUGUCUACGCAUUUCUACACCCUUCUUUUCCAAUCAGACGGCAACUCGAAUAAUGAACCAGGUGCUGCAUCGCCGAAACCCGAUGGCGAGCCUACACCUGUCGUCUUGCCGUCUAUCAAGAAGAAGAACCUGAGUCCGCGAGAGGUCCAUCGCAUUAUCAAGCAGGGCUAUGAGACGCUGAGUAUCCAGCCACCGGAAGGCCUGAGCGCGUGGUCUCGGUGGAGAGAGACGGAGUGGAAGAGUGAGCUGAAGCGAGCAGCUCGCUGUGCGGUUGAUGAUGCAAGGCAAUUAGUUGCUUGA